UACCGCCAUUUCGUUAGAGUAUAUAUUAACGAUAUUUUCAUCUUUAGCAAAACAGAGGAAGAAUACCUAGAAUACCUAUAUACUAUUUACGAAAUCCUUAACAAGGCCUAUAUCUAUAUUAGCGUUACUAAAUCCUUUAUAGAAUACCUAGCCGUAAGACUCCUUAGGUAUAUCGUAAAUGGUAAAGGCAUUGCUAAAACCAAUAACCGUAUCGCCGCCUUUAAAAAGCUAAAGUUCCUAGAUACUCUCGAUAGCUUAGAGCACUACCUCGGGAUAGCUAGAUAG